GACUUUGACUCAAAAUCAUUUCCUCUUCCCCACCCCCCAAUCUCAAUGUAUCUCCAUUAUAACCUUUUAGUUUCUGAUUUCAUCUCUUGCUAGAGUUCCCCCUCAAUUUUCCAUCCUCUGCAACAUUUUUCUUUGCUCUUUCAAAGAUGGCUGAACAAAUUCCAUUCACCAUUGCUGAGAACCUUUUGAUGAAGCUGGGAUCUGCCGCUUUCCAAGAAAUUGGAUUCAUGUAUGGUAUCAGAAAAGAGCUAAGCAAGCUUGAGGAUACGCUGUCUACCAUCAAAGCUGUGCUUCUUGAUGCUGGGGAGCCGCAGGAGAGGAAUCGUGCAGUAUCAACUUGGGUACGAAGGCUUAAAGAAGUUGUCAACGAUGCUGAUCAGUAGUUGGAUGACUUCGCAGCCGAAGACUUGCGGAGAAAGACCCAUACGCAGGGGAGAUUUGUAGGACAAGUGAGUGACUUCUUCUCCUCUUCUAAUCAUAUUGCUUUUCGAGUCAAGAUGGGUCAUAGAAUGAAGGAUAUUAGAGAAAGGCUAGAUGAGAUUGCAAAAGAUAUUUCCAUGUUCAAGUUUGUUCCAAGAGUGGUGCAGGUAGAGAAUAGGAUGAAAUCAGAAACCCACUCUUUUGUGGUGGCAUCUGAAAUUGUGGGAAGAGAGAAAGACAAAGAGAAGAUGAUAGGAUUGUUGAUGCAAGAACAUCUUUCAAUGGUUGCAAUUGUUGGUAUUGGGGGCCUAGGCAAGACCACCCUUGCUCAAUUGGUAUACAAUGAUGAUGAGAAGGUGGGGAAACAUUUUGAUAUUAAGAUGUGGGUGUGUGUUUCCAAUGGUUUUGAGGUAAAAGCAGUGGUUAAGAACAUUGUAAAAGCUACAACUAAUACAAAUGUGAACAACUUAGAGUUGGAUCAAUUGCAGAAGCUCCUUCGUAAAAGUCUAGAUGGGAAGAGGUAUUUGCUUGUGUUAGAUGACGUAUCGAACGAGGAUCCAGAGAAAUGGGAUCAAUUGAGGCUUUUGUUGACUAUUGGUGCCCAUGGGAGUAAAAUCUUAGUGACGACUCGAAGCGCUAGAGUUGCUUCAGUCAUGGGAAUUAAUUCUCCAUACAAUUUGGAACCUUUGGGAGAGGAGUCGUCUUGGGAUUUGUUUCGAAGUCUUGCCUUCAAAGGAGGGGAAGAGAAAGCGCGCCCCAAUCUUGUGAAAAUAGGAAAAGAAAUUGUGAAGUCGUGUAACGGAGUUCCUCAAGUCAUUAGGCACGUAGCUCGGAUGCUGCACUCUAAAACCGAGGAGAGUCAAUGGUUGUAUGUGAAAAAUAGUAAAAAUGUCAUGUCUAUGGAUGCUUGAUUUGUGAGAUUUCAGUUUUCUAUAUUCAAUGAUCAUACAGGAUUGUAUGUUGAAUCACAUGAAGAAAUUAUAUCAUAAUUACUAUUUAAAAUUGUACCAACCUGAUUCCAUUUGUGUGUUUGAUGAAGACGGUAUGAAUCUUCUAAGACUGAUGGAGGGCACCACCUCUGGAUUCUCUCAGGCAAUGGGAGCGGGAGAGAAAGCGGUUAAGAUCUUUUCAAAAGAUGUGAUUAUCCCAAAAGACACAAGCCAAAAUCCUUUUAUACCCUCCUGCCUUAGGGACCAUACCCAUUGGUUAUUGGGCCUCACGGGCCUUAGGCCCAUCAUCUAAAGCCCGUGAUGGCAUUGGGCUCUACACAUUAGGUGGUCCAUACUCAAGAUUAAAUCAGAAAUUGCAUGUUAAAAGAUAGCUUAAUCCUGGACAAUGUUUAAUAUAUUGUCAGUCCACAUUUAUUCUAUCAUGAUUUUGUUUCAUUAAGUAUGAUGAAUGCUUGCUUGUGCUGCUUGUAUUUUUUA